AAAUUUAUUGGCACUGGGCUGCACCAAUUUUCAUCCAGCUAAAAGGUGCCAUGGCAGCACUGCACUCAUUUCACUCACUCCAAUUUCGAGCUGUCAGUCACGUACACAAAAAUUGUAAACAAAUUGAGAAAACAUCAGGGAAAUUGCGUAUUGGCGGAAAAUUUAACAUAUUUCAGCAAAUCGUUCAAGUUGAAAUGGAUCUUAAUCACCGUCUUAUUGAGGCCGUGCGUCAGUGUCCCUUCCUCUACAAUAACAGCGUGUCCUUACCGGAACGCAAGUGUGGCUGGCAACAGAUAGCAGAGCAAAUGAAAAUGCAAGAGGCACUUUUGAAGAGUCGUUGGCACUUUCUGUGCGAGCACUAUAAACGUAACGCCAUAACCGACAGCCAGGUUGCUCCUAACCAGUUUCCAUACAAGAAGGAAAUGGAGUUUCUCUUGCCCUACUUGCGGCCGCCCCAGCGGGAAGAGCGGCCAAGCGAAGAAAGUUUACCGAUGAAUGUUAUAAAGCCUGAGUUUGUAAUCACAGAAAAAGAUUUGGAAAACGACAGCGGCAGCGAGGAGUACGUGUUUCUGGAAGUGGAAACGCUCGGCUCGGAAGAUGAAACAAACAAUGAAGCAACACAUCAAUUGAACGAUAAUGAACUACGAAAUGAAUUACAGGAAGAAGGGCAGGAACGAAUGCGAGAGCAGGAGCAGGAGCAUGAACAGGACCAACAACAACAGGAUAACGAAGUAAAUGAAAUCGAAAGAAUUGAAGUAGAGGUGCAUAUAAAGCAGGAGGAACCAGAAAAUCUACAACAGUAUAAUGAAAUCCUAAGAGAGUCUAGACAUUUAAAAAAAGAGAUUCAAGAGGUCCAAUGCAAUAGAAGUGGCGCCACCGAGGAGGAAGCCGUUCGUACUCAAAUCCAUGAAGCAACCGAGGAAAAGGUGGAGGGCAAAGUGGAAAUACGGGAAGGAGACAGCAGCAGUGAUAAUACUGCGGGCAGUGAUAAUACUGCGGGCAGUGUAAGUACAAACAACACGACUAACCGCAGUAACAAUCCGGAAGAACGGUGUGAAGACGCUAUAUUUGGUGAAUUGGUUUCCGCAAUGUUAAAGAAAAUGCCGGCAGAAAAGAAGCGCGCCGUCAAACGUGACAUCAUGAAUUUGUUGCUAACUUAAGAUGAAAAACACCGCCAGACUGUGGCGUUGUAUUUCUUCAUUCUUCAAAAUUUUAUCAUAUUUAUGCAAGUAAGCGCUAAGUCAUUUUUAAACGUAUAAUACAUUUAAAAGUAUAUGAAAAAAGCGGAUAAAGCUCAAAAAUUAGAUUUGUAGGUUAACGUAAUAAUAUGCAUAUUUCUUAAGCAUAAAAGUGACAUAAAAUUUAUCUUAGAACA